GAUCUUCCGUCGGGAGACGUUGGUGAUCCAUUUAUACACCCCCUCGGCAUUAGGUCUUUCGCCAUGUUGAGCUCUCAUCCCUCCCGAACCGCGGUGCGCUCCAUGUGCUCCUUGACACAGGCGGUCGCCAGAGCACCAGGCAAUUCACCGGCAGCUUUCCGCUCUGUGUCGCUCUUGGCUCGCUCCCCCACCUGCGUUACCCGACGCUCGUUGAGCUAUACACUGCAACAAUUCCCCCGCCUUCAGUCUUUCCAGUCCCUUUCCAGCAAGAGAGCCUUCAGCUCAACUGUCACAAUGGCUUCCGAAUUCCGCACGGAAAGUGAUGCCUUUGGCGAGAUCCAGGUCCCCGCCGAUAAGUACUGGGGUGCGCAAACCCAGCGCUCCCUGGGCAAUUUCGAUAUCAACCAGCCCCAGGAUCGCAUGCCCGAAGCCGUCGUCAAGGCUUUCGGUAUCCUGAAGGGUGCUGCUGCUGCUGUCAACAUGCGGUAUGGCCUGGACCCCAAGGUUGGUGAGGCUAUCAAGCAGGCUGCUGCCGAGGUCGCUGAGGGCAAGCUGCUGGAUCACUUCCCUCUCGUUGUCUGGCAGACCGGUUCCGGCACCCAGUCCAACAUGAACUCUAACGAAGUUAUCUCCAACCGCGCCAUUGAGAUCCUUGGCGGUAAGAUGGGCUCCAAGAAGCCUGUCCACCCUAACGACCACGUUAAUAUGUCCGCUUCUUCGAACGACUCCUUCCCCACUGCCAUGCACAUCGCUGCUGUUCUUGAACUGGAGAACACUCUCCUCCCCGCCCUGCAAAGCCUCCGUGACGCCCUUCAGCAGAAGGUUGAGAAGUUCCAGUCCAUUAUCAAGAUUGGUCGUACCCAUUUGCAGGAUGCUACUCCUCUCACUCUCGGCCAGGAGUUCUCCGGUUAUGUCGCCCAGCUGGACCGCAACAUCGAGCGUGUCCAGGCCAGCCUCCCCCACCUGCGCCUCCUGGCACAGGGCGGUACCGCCGUCGGUACCGGGUUGAACACCUUCAAGGGGUUCGAUGAGGCUAUUGCCGCUGAGGUCACCAAGAUGACCGGCACUGAGUUCAAGACCGCCCCCAACAAGUUCGAGGUCCUUGCCGCUCACGAUUCCAUCGUUGAGGCCUCUGGUUCCCUCAACACCCUCGCAUGCUCUCUGUUCAAGAUUGCGCAGGAUAUCCGUUACCUUGGCUCCGGUCCCCGUUGCGGUCUCGGUGAACUGGUCCUCCCCGAGAACGAGCCCGGCUCUUCCAUCAUGCCUGGAAAGGUCAACCCCACCCAGUGCGAGGCCCUGACCAUGGUCUGCUCCCAGGUUAUGGGCAACCACGUCGCUGCCACUGUCGGCGGUAUGAGCGGCCAGUUUGAGCUCAACGUCUUCAAGCCCCUGAUGAUCCGCAACUUGCUGCACAGCGUCCGCAUCCUCGCCGAUGGCAUGAAUAGCUUUGAGAAGCACCUGGUUGUUGGCCUCGAGGCCAAUGAGCCUAGAAUCCACACUCUCCUUCACGAGAGUCUGAUGCUUGUUACCUGCCUGAACCCCGUCAUUGGCUACGAUAUGGCUUCCAAGGUCGCCAAGAACGCCCACAAGAAGGGCAUCACUUUGAAGCAGAGUGCCAUGGAGCUCAAGGCUCUUAGCGAGGAGGACUUUGACAAGCACGUCCGCCCCGAGCUGAUGCUGAGCCCCAAGGAGAAGAAAUAAACGCGCGGGUCUAUGAUGUUUGGGCCAGGGGUGUUUUUGGCUUAGAUUGGAGUAGAAUCAGAUAGCGAAGCUCUAGCUGGCGCCUCGUUUUUGAUACUUGUAUACCGACAAAUAAAAUUGUACUAUUUUCCCACAUCUUCUCUUUCCUGAAGAGUCCUGGUUUGUCUUAAGAGUUAUUUUUGGAACCGAACUAUAGAAGUUUUCCGACCAUUGAAAAAACUCCCUCCCUUUUUCGAUCUCUUUUCGAGGAUGGAAACGCCAGGUGGCCUUCCAAUAAUAUGCGAUAUUAUUUUGCACGAAAGAAAUC